AUGAAAAAUAAGUCUAAAAUCAAAGAAGAACAACAAUUUGAUAAUCUGAGCUAUUUUUCAAAUGAACAUAAUAAAAAUGAUAAAGCGAAUGAACGACAAGAAAUAUAUUUCAUUGACAACAACGAUACACAUGAACAAUCUUUAACUAAACAGAACGAUAAAAAUGUAUUACCAUCACCGUCGUUUUUGGUACGAACAGUUAAUAAUAGAGAAAUUGACCAUUCGUAUCAGAAUAUGGACAUCUAUAAUCGAAAUAAUAAUGAAUUUAUUUUACAACCAAUAUCGUUAAAUAAUAACAUUCAUUUGAAAUCAUAUCCAUUUGAUCGAUCAAAAAAUUCAAAACAAAAUAUUUAUGCAUAUAAUAAUCCGGCAUUCAGUACUAGUGAUGUUUAUGAUGCAUCACAAUCGAAGCAUGCCAAAUUACAAGGAUUUACAACAAAUGGAUUAUCAAAGCAGCAACAACAAGAUGAUGAAAAUAGUCAUGGAAAAGAUAAAUGCAAUAUUCAAUGUCCAUCAGGGCAAACAUUAUUUCAUAAUCAUACUAAUUGUGAAUGUCAUUUUAUUGACCAAUGUCAGAUUACACCACCAGUUUGUGGUUCAUUUACAUGUAUUAAUUUAACCGAAACAGAAUACGAAUGUUUAUGUCAUACUGGCUAUCAUCAUCCUUUGAACGAUUUAAAACAUUGUAAAGAUAUUGAUGAAUGUCUCGUAUCAAAUACGUGUGGAUUAAAUCAAAUAUGUGCAAAUACGAUGGGUAGUUUUCAGUGUCAUAUUCAUACUUGUAUCAAUGGUCAAUGUAUGAAUACUAAUGGAAGUUUUACAUGUAUAUGUAACGAUGGAUUUACUCGAGAUCCAUUUAAUGUUUUAUAUUGUAAAGAUAUUGACGAAUGUUUGACACAUAAUUGCAGUGAAAAUGAAAUAUGUGUCAAUCUACCCGGAUCAUAUAGAUGUGAUUGUCAGUUGGGUUACAAUAAUGUAACUGGUAUUUGUACAAAUGAUAGUCAACGAUCCAAUACACGACGAAAACGUAUAGUGAAUGGAUCACCAGCAAAACUCGAACAAUGGCCUUGGGCUGCAUCCCUUGUUAUUAAACCUAACUAUAAACAUAAUGGAACAAGAAAUGUUUGUUCUGGUACUCUAGUUUCAAGUUGGAAUAUUCUGACAGCUGCUCACUGCUUAGAUGAACACCUUUUCAAAGAACGAUGGAAAUUGGAUGCAGAACCACCACCAUUAUUUAAAGAUUUAUUUGAUAUACAUCUAGGAAUGUAUAAUAUAAGUAUUGAUAACAAUGAAUGGUCAUCACAUAAUGAAAUUUUUACAAUUUCGAAUUUUACUCUGCAUCCUGAAUAUCAAUCAUUAUCUGAAGAUGGAGCAACUGUCAAAUAUGAUCUAGCCAUAAUUAAAUUAAAUAAACGUAUAGAUCGUAGUUCAAUAAAAGAUUGGAUUUGUUUACCAGUAAAUGAUGUUACUGAUCAAGACAUAUUAAAAGUGAUAGGAUAUGGAGAAUUGAAUGAAAAAAUAAUGUUAAAUAUGAUAGAUGUUAAAGUACUUGUUAAUCAACACGAUCGUGAACAGUGUGAAACUCAAAUAUUAGAUUUAAGUGCCGAUUCAUUUUGUACAAAUAGUACCAGUAGUGGAACACUUGGAGUGGGUGAUUCGGGUGCACCAAGUAUGACCAUGAAACAUUCUCGAUGGCAUAUUGCUGGUAUAAUGUCAAAAACUGGUACAACUAAAUCAUAUGCUGGAAUGACUAAUGUCUAUAAACAUUUGGAUUGGAUACGUUCAAUUAUGAGAAAAUAA